AUGUCUUCUCAACCACGCAAGUUCCCAUUUCCUACGCUGGUCUCUUUUACGAUAUGGUCAAACAAAGUUCAACCUCCAAAGAAUGAAGAAGCAGUACCUGACCAGGAAGAAACCAAUGAACCAGAAGAUCGUAACAGACCUGAGGCUUCUUUACCGUCAUCUGUCCUCUUCUUCUCAGAUCGAACUUCAAAUUUAUCUCCCGAAAAGCGAAAUCGUCAGAUAGGACUUCUACAAGGAUUGGUCAAUUUUAGUUCUGUUUUGGGUUUCAAUGCAAAUUCAUCUAGACCGAGUAGCCAUACUGGGUCAUCGGCAACUUCACAGCAUAAGCCAACCCGCGACUCAUCUUUACGUGUGGUUCAUAGUUCGAAGCAUAAGAUCUUGUAUCAUGAACCUGAGCCUGGCUUUCACAUUUGUGCGAUGAUCAGUCUCCCCCAAUCGAUCGAAACUUUUGCAAACGGUCCAAACAAAAUGUCUACCUCCUUGACAAUCAAUCUCGAGGGAAAGCCUUCUUCGUAUCAUACUCCUACAGACGACACUUUACUGAAUUCGUUGAAGUCGGGUUACCUUGAAUAUCGACUCUUACAUGGGAUCAUGUCGAAAUACACUAAUUCUCGCAAGGAACUGAUUGAUAUGUUGGAAAGAUUUUGGAGUGUGUGGUUAUGGCGCUGGGAUGUACAGAAAAGCGGAUGUGGUGGUGUUGAUUUUGAUCAAUAUCUUGGCUACAGCAACAGCCUCGCUAGAUAUCUUCUUAGCCUACUUGGAGGUAGCGAGGCCAAGAGUACUACCCAACACCCUCCUCCGCCAUCCAAUGUUUUUUCGAACUUUGCAAUGCGCUCAAUGGAUGGCAUUCAAGAUGUGUCUAUGAAGGGUCUAGCGGAACCGUCCCAAUGGGUACAGAAAGCCUUUUCUUGGGCAUCUGCUUCAUUUGCCAGCUCCCACUUAUCAGGUAUUGAUGACAGUGCUCAAACUAUCGAAGGCCUGGACGAACAACUGAGAGCAGAGAUGGGGAUCAGUUUCAUCCCUCCGGCGAAAUCGAAGACUACGAACACAUCCUCCGUGAUUCCAACACCUUCCGUUGCGGCUCGCUUGUCUAGUGGCAGACCAUGUGCCUCGCAGUCAUAUCUCUUCGCAAAAGGUGAACAACCAUCUAAAGACAAAUCCAUCAGCGAUAGGACUUCUACUUUGCAUUAUCCUGAGAAUCUAUUCAAUUAUCCUGAGAAUCUAUUCAAUCUGUAUCCUAUCGUGGUCACUGAGGCCGAUCAUGACUAUUAUCCGAAACACUUGCUGAACCUGUACCCUGCUCCAACACUUGACCUGGAUCGUCACCCAUGUGAGUCCACCCCGGCGGUGGCCUCAUCACCUACGAACUUGGUACCCGCCCAGAAUCCCGCAAGUCAACCAGCGACUGAGCCAACCAAACGAGCAGCUUCGUCGAUCCAUGAUCCGCGAUCAGCCCAUUAUAAUGUAGAGCUCGCGUUGGCUGACGCGAUGGCAGAGAAAAGCUCUGCAACAGACAACUUGAGCCCAAUUGAAAAGUUUGUGCGACGUAAAAUGUUGUCGAGUUCGCCGUUAUCAGAAGGGAUGGAUCAACAUACUGUCCCCAAACAGCUGUCAAUUUUUGUUCGAAAUGGUGAACUGAAGGCUGAUGUUCUAUGGUUCCAACGAGACGAUUGGAAUCUAGCACUCAUAUUCCCGUCAGCUGAUGGUACCAAACCAGGGCUUACGUUACCAAACGCUAAACUCUUAUCUGAAAGCAGCCGUCUACUCAAGCGACUCUGUGCACAAUGGCCGGAUCAAUCUUCAAAUGACCUCGUGAAGACUAAAUCGCUCGAUCAUCGCUUUCUUAUACAACUUAAGACUAAUGAUGUGUACUAUAAACAAUCUUCAAUUCAAUCUGCCUGGUUGUCUAAGAAUGAGAUUUGGUCCGGAAAACAAAGUAGUGAAAAGGAAGUUGAGAUUUGUCUAGGCGUGCUAGAAUGCUUGAAAGAUCAACCAACUGAGACAUCCCCUGUCAAGGAAACCUUCCUCCGCACACAAUCUGGCCAAUGGAUCGCUACUAAGCGCGGAGCCAAAGCCAGCAUCUCCAUGUACACUGAGAUUGAUACAGUAUUGAUCUUACCUAGCGGAUCUGGUACAUUGAUUGAAGUUGAUAAUGAGAUGAGGAAAUUAGAGAGAGUUUGUGAACAGGUUGAUUUUACAUCUUGGAAAUGA